GCUUGCUCCGCUUCAUCACUCCGUUUACUCGGAGUCUCUAAUCUACCCACGAUAACGAUGUCUUCCGAAGUGAUUUUACGUUGAAAACAGCAGUAGUGUGUCAUUGACCAUCGUUACGAAGAAGAACUCCUUGCCAUUCAAUCACACUACUCGACGUUGCAAUCAACAUUUUCCUCCCGAUUGAUGGUGACCUAUAAGUAUUUUUCCCCGUGUGUGAUAACCGACGUUUUUCGAGAUAAUCGAGAAUUGCAAAAAAUAUUUGAUGAGGAUCGAGCAAAUGUGAUAUCGAAUAGCAACCGACAAGGAUCCUCCGGCAGCUGGCAGACGACCGAUUAAUCGUGUUCCUUGUAGAAGAUAACUAGGGACCGUACCAUGUAUUCGAUCCUGCUAUUAGCGAGAUCCGCCCGACACGGGCAUUUACCACGGAGAUUGUCUUCAUCAUUCGCGAGACUGCAUUUACCGCAGCUAACAAUGGCUAAAGGUGCAUCGCAAAGGUACGCGCGAAGAGAGCUGCAAACUUCGGAGAGGCCACGCAGACAACAGACUUUUACGGAGCGCACCGAAUUACAAUAUGCUCGUCGAUUGGUCAUCAAGCUCGGUAGCGCUGUUAUAACGAGAGAGGACGAACACGGUCUGGCUCUCGGACGUCUCGCAUCCAUCGUGGAGCAGGUAGCCGAGUGUCAGAUUGACGGACGUGAAUGUAUCAUGGUGACUAGCGGUGCGGUUGCCUUUGGCAAACAGAAGCUUACUCAGGAGCUUUUAAUGUCUAUGUCAAUGAGAGAGACCUUGAGUCCUGCGGAUCACACACGGGAACACGCAGGAACCAUGCUGGAACCCAGAGCGGCCGCUGCGGUGGGUCAAUCGGGUCUCAUGUCUCUUUACGACGCGAUGUUUGCGCAAUACGGAGUCAAGAUCGCCCAAGUAUUGGUAACGAAACCUGACUUUUACAACGAGGAAACGCGUAAGAACCUCUUCAGCACAUUGAGCGAACUCAUCAGCCUGAACAUCGUGCCCAUCAUCAACACGAACGACGCGGUGUCGCCGCCGCCGGAUAUUCCGGACGACGAGGUAGCAGGUGGUAGCGGCAGACGAGGCAUAUCCAUCAAGGACAACGAUUCCCUGGCCGCGAUGCUGGCGGCCGAGAUUCAGGCGGACCUCCUGGUUCUCAUGACCGACGUCGAUGGGAUUUACAAUCUGCCACCUUGGCAGGAUGGCGCAAAAAUGCUGCACACCUUCAGCUCCGAUCAUAGAAACACCAUCAAGUUCGGGGAGAAGUCGAAGGUAGGCACCGGCGGCAUGAGCUCCAAGGUCAACGCCGCUCUCUGGGCGAUGGAUCGCGGCGUCGCGGUGGUCAUCUGCAAGGGCACCCAGGAAAGAGCCAUUAAGAGCAUCAUAUCCGGUAGAAAAAUUGGAACGUUUUUCACGCAAGCCGCCGGCUCGUCUACUCCCGUCGAGGUGAUCGCCGAAUAUGCUCGCGUCGGCAGUAGAGUGUUGCAGGCGUUACGCCCCGAGGAACGUGCCGAAUGUAUAAGAAUUCUGGCGGAUUUGUUGGAGUCGAGACAGUCCGAUAUUCUUGCGGCGAAUGCGAUGGAUCUGGAAGCCGCGAGCAAGAAAAACCUGGCCAAGGCUCUGCUCUCGCGCCUGUCCCUGACGCCGGCGAAGCUGAAGUCUCUGAGCUCUGGUCUGCACAAGAUCGCGGAAGAUUCGUUGAACAACGUGGGUCGCAUUGUGCGUAGGACGAAACUUGCCGAGGGUCUGGAAUUGCAGCAGAUAACGGUGCCCAUCGGUGUGCUGCUGGUGAUCUUCGAGUCCAGACCAGACAGCCUGCCCCAAGUGGCUGCUUUGGCUAUGUCCAGCGCCAAUGGACUUCUUCUGAAAGGCGGCAAGGAGGCCGCUAACAGCAACAGGUACCUGAUGCAGCUCGUGAAGGAGGCGCUCGCAAAAUUCGAAGCCUCCAAUGCUAUUUCGCUGGUGCCUACGAGGGAGGACGUGAGCGAUCUGCUCUCAAUGGAGAAACACAUUGAUCUCAUUAUACCUCGCGGCAGCUCGGAUCUCGUCCGCACGAUCCAGGAGCAAUCCAAGCACAUACCUGUGCUGGGACACGCCGAGGGCAUCUGUCAUGUUUAUAUUGACAAGGACGCGGAUCUGACGAAGGCCUUGAGGAUCAUCAGGGAUUCCAAGUGCGAUUAUCCGGCUGCGUGCAAUGCGAUGGAGACUUUGCUGAUACACGAGGGUCUCAUGAGAGGCAACUUCUUUAACGACGUAUGCAGCAUGCUGCACAAUGAAGAAGUGAAAAUCAAUUCCGGUCCAAAGAUAAGAGAGAUAUUGACUUUCGGUCCACCUGCUGCCAAAAGCAUGCGAACCGAGUAUGGCGCACUGGAAUGCACCAUAGAGGUAGUCUCCGACGUCGAUGACGCUAUCAACCACAUUCAUAAAUAUGGCAGCAGUCAUACCGAUGUCAUUGUUACCGAGGACACUAACACAGCUAAGCAUUUCCAGAGGGAAGUGGAUAGUGCGUGUGUUUUCCAUAAUGCCAGCACCAGGUUUGCGGACGGUUACAGAUUCGGUCUUGGAGCGGAGGUCGGUAUUUCGACGGCACGUAUCCACGCACGCGGUCCGGUUGGGGUGGAUGGUUUAUUAACAACCAAAUGGAUUUUGAAAGGGGAUGGACAAACGGUCGCCGAUUUUGCUGAAGGAGGCAGUGGAAGUUGGCUUCAUCAACCCUUACCUCUUUCCGAAUCGUGACUCGAUUGCUUUGUUUCGAGAUUGCUAGAUAAUACAAAAAAAAAACUUUUUUAAAAUUCUUUGGUCUCUCACAGUAGUCAUAUCGAAUUAUGAAAUGAGACAUCGUACAAGUUUAGUAUAAAGAACGUCGAAAUAAAUCAGAUUUUUUUAAGUUUGUGUCGCUUAAAAAUUGUUAAAGAGUAACAAAUAUUUAAACUUUCUAAUCUAAGAUUUAAGCAAUUAUUGUUUCACCGGAAGCACAUGCAGAUUAAGUUAUCAAGUAUAUAUUUGUUAAAGCAAAAUAAUAACAAAAAAUAUCUUACCAAUAAUAUCAGACAUUAUAAUGGUAACAUAAAAAAAAAUUAAUUUAUUUUCUAAAAUGUGCUUAUAUGUAAAAUUUUUACCGCAAGUAAAAACUUGCAUAAUUUCUCGGUUUUGUUAGAAUUUAAUCUAGUUAUAACAAGAGACACAUGACCACACGAGUCUUAUG